AGAGAGAGAGAAAGGUCAUGUGACUGGAAGCACAGGUCUCACCUGUUUCAUGUUUCUGUCUUCAGUGUCCCAGCAUGCCUCAGGGGUGGAGGUGUACGAGGGGGCGGAGUCUGUCCUGCUGUCCUGUCAGGUACCAGCUAAUGUUUCCAGGAGCUCCACAGCAGCAGUGUGGAACCGUGAUGGGUUCAAGAACCCAACGGUUCACCUGCGUAGGCAGAGUGGUGACGAUCUUAGUGGUCAGAAUGAUCUUUACCACCAUCGAACAUCAAUGAGAGUCGACGCUCUGCAGACUGGAGACCUCAGCCUCACUCUGAGGAAGCCCACAGUCUCUGACAGUGGAACCUACACCUGCAGUGCUGUCAGCUAUGGAGACAGGUUGAGGCAGAUUGAAGUACAUCUGAAGGUCACAGAACCUCCUCCAGUCUGGCCCACAGCCCUCGCAGCUGUGCUGGUCACUCUGAUCAUCCUGGCUGCUGUCAUUGGUCUGUUUGUGUGCUGUGCAUACAAAAGGAAGAAGGAGAGAGAAGCUCUGCUGCCAGAGGUGGUGGAGGUGCUACAGGGGGAGAAGUCUGUCCUGCUGCCCUUUAAGACCACAGCUGACCUUCCUCAGCACGUCACAGUGGAGUGGACAGACUCCAAUGCCAUGAAGGUCCACGUGUAUGAGAGUGGAAACAAUCAGCCAGACAAACAGCACCAGAGUUACAGAGGUCGCACAGAGAUGAAGGAGGAUCCACUGAGAAACAAAGACCUCAGUCUGACCCUGAAACCCCUCCACCUCACUGACAGUGGAGUCUACACCUGCAUCGUCUACAAGAAGGAUGGACACAUGCUGCAGAAAUCAGUGACUCUCAGUGUCAGUGUUCCUCCGCCAGAGGUGGUGAAUGCAACAGAUGCAGACGAGUCUGUCCUGCUGCCCUUUAAAACCACGGCCGACCUUCCUCAGCACGUCACAGUGGAGUGGACACUCACUGAACCCACAGAGAGGAAGGUCCACGUGUAUAAGAGUGAAAACAAUCAGUCACACAACCAAGACCAGGAUUACAAGGAUCGCACAGAGAUGAAGGAAGAGCCACUGAGAACUAGAGACUUCAGUCUGACCCUGAAAAAGCCCCGCCUCACUGACAGUAAAGUCUACACCUGCACCGUCUACAACAAGGAUGGACACAUGCUGCUACAGAAAGCAGUGACUCUCAGAGUCAGAGAGAAUGUGUCAGACAUUGUGCAGGUGGCAAAAGACGCGGUGCGCAUCGAGCUGCCCUUGAAAACCACAGCUGACCUUCCUCAGGACGUCACAGUGGAGUGGACAGACUCCAAUAACAAGAAGGUCCACGUGUAUGAGAGUGGAAAGAAUCAGCCAGAUAAACAAGACCAGAGUUACAGAGGUCGCACAGAGAUGAAGGAAGAUCCACUGAGAACCAAAGACCUCAGUCUGACCCUGAAAGACCUCCACCUCACUGACAGUGAUGUCUACACCUGCACCGUCUACAACAAGGAUGGACACAUGCGGCUGCAGAAAUCAGUGACUCUCCAUGUCUAUGACACUGUGAGGAGGUUGGGGACAGUGUAUGGAAACAAGUCUUAUUUGCUAGAAUUUCAAAAAACAGAUAAACUUGAUCAGAUUUCCAAAGUGGAGUGGAAACAUAUACACCCCAAAUACAAGUCCAUAAAGGAAAUAACACGCCAUCAGGGAAAUGAGAAAGACCUCAGUCUGAACCUGGAAGACCUCCACCUCACUGACAGUGGAAUCUACACCUGCACCGCCUAUAACAAGGAUGGAGACAUCCUGCUAAGGCAAUCAGUGAUAUUCAGUGUCAGAG